UUUUUCUUAUUUUUCUUAUUACAUAGAAAAAGAGUAAUUAUAUAAACUUCUUUUGCAAUAUUCAUUGAUAAGCAAACAAAUAAACGAAAAAAAAAACAUAGGUUGCCUAUUUUAUAGUUAAUUGAAAGAUAAUUAUUCAAGUGAAAAGAGCCUUGAUUGCAAGAAGAUAUUCUUCAUAUUUGCAACAAACAACUAAUUUAAAUUAUUACAUACGCCAAUGGGCACGACUAAAAGUCGUAAAUCUAGGCGGAAUAACUCAAGACCAACUGCCUUUACAUUCCUAUCAAAUAUUGCACUCGGUAACGAAAAUGAAAAACCACCUGAUGAAUCUAUACAAAAAUUAUACAUAUCGGCAACUGAAGACAACGUCUUACAUUAUGUCGAUAAGCCAUCAAACCAAACAAUCGGAGCUUCUUCUUUACACUCCUCAGAUAGUAGCUUUUCCGCAGAUGAAGAUGUCCAAAGUACCACCUUACCAUCUGAUUCUCAAGGUAGAACUUUUUCUUCAACAACCACUCCAUCCAUUAUAGCAAAUAAUUUCACUCUUGAUCAACCGUCUAAACGAUAUUAUUAUACAAAACGUCAACCUUCUUCCGAAAGUAGUAGUGAUGAUGUAGAACAUCAUAAAUUGACUCGAGAAGAUAGUGAAAGGCCCAUUGCUUCAGAAAAAAUUAAGAAAAAGUCUACUCAUGGUGAAAAAGAACAUGGAACUGGAAGCAUGUCCAUCAUGUCAGUUUUCCGUUAUUACACAGAUAAAAUCCGUCAAUCAACAAGUAGAAAAAGAAUUGAAUCUAAUACAAAUCGUGGAUAUGUACAACAACAAUUAGAAAGUCAUGAUCACCAUAAACAUCGAAAAGCUCAAUCUUAUGCACACUUUUUAAACACAACAGGAUCAUUACUUGAAGAUUAUGUUGUAGAAGAAAAUCUUGAUUCCACUUCAUAUGAUCCUUUCUUUCUUGAUGAUGAUUCGUAUAGUAUAUAUGGUAUAGCUUCAAGCUCAAUAGGAACGUUGACAAAUGGCAUGAAACCUUCCGAUUUAAAACGUGAGAUGAAUGAACAAUUUAGAAUGGCUCAUCCAGAAAUAUCAACUGAGAUCACACUUAGUAAAAUCAGAGCUAUCAAGUCACAUUUAUUAACUAUUAGUAAAGAAGUUGAUCUUGAAGUGUCUAGUGUAGCUCAUGCAUAUGUAUAUUUUGAAAAACUUGUUAUUAAAAAUGUAGUGACUAAAAAGAAUCGUAAGCUAAUAGCAGCUUGUUGCUUAUUUUUAGCUACAAAAGUAAAUGAAGCAAAAGGUACGUGGUUUAAACCUCUCUUGGAAGCCAUGGAUGAUGAAUUAGGUGUGGAUGCAGAAGAGAUUCAUGAACAUGAGUUUGCAGUCUUUGCAGAUUUAGAAUUUAAUCUUUAUGUUCCACGAAGAGAAUUUAUGCCACAUUUUGAAAGAAUUUUUAAUCAUUUAGAAUAUAAAAGUAUACAAGAAUAUCUUGGCUGCUCUACUUUCUUUGAUGUUAAUCGACGCACUUGAAGAAUAAAAUAAAAUAAAAUAUA